GCAGAAAUAUAGAUAAAAUUCAUCACUAACCUUUGGUGAUCUUCAUCAGAUGACACUCAUAGGACUUCAUGUUACACAAUACAUAUAUGUUUUUUUUUCGAUAAAGUUGAUAUUUAUAUAAAAUAGCAUUAUAAAUAUUCACUUACCUUUGAUGAUCUUCAUCAGAAUGCACUCCCAGGAAUCCCAGUUCCACAAUAAAUGUUUGUUUUGUUUGAUAAUGUCCAUCAUUUAUGUCCAAAUACCUCUGGUCUCAGUCUAUUUUAUAAGAAUUUGUAAGAUUCCUAUUUGUAAAUUAUGAAGAGCGCCAAAGGCUGAACCUGUUUUUAAUCCUCAUUUUCUUUAUGGGAGCGGGUUUGUUAACAAUACCACUGAAAAUAUUAAAAAAGAAGGUCCAAGCAUCUUGGACAGAGGAGAUAAAGCUGAUUCUAGACCGCUUUACAGAGGACAGCUCAUGAAGGAAGGCUUGCACAUUAAAGUUUUUUGCAAGUUUUUGCAAGCGUCUAUGACAAAUCAGGACAGGUCGUUUCACUGAGCAGCCAUUACGAGCACAGGCUGUAAAACAGUGAUCACUAAGGUCAUUACAGAAAACAGGUGUCUGGACCCACACCUGGUAACAUGUUGGGGCCGCAGAACUUUUUUGGUGUUCGCUGUGCCAAGCGCCGGGGGUUCAUGUGCUUCCUGGCAGGCAUGUCUACUCAGCACCCUACUAUGCCCGAACAGAGGGGCGUUGUCAGGGCGGAGAACGGACCAACAUGUAUAGUGAUGCGGCCCAGUGCCGAUGAUCCAAACAAGACCAAGUUCACCUGGUUAUUAAGCAUAGAUUUAACAGGUUGGAUCCCAAAGACCAUCAUAAACAAAGUGCUCUCUCAGACACAAGUAGAUUUUGCCAAACACCUGAGGCAGAGGAUGGCCAGCAACAUUGAUUCUAUGGAGAUUGUGCCAGCCUAUUGA